UACACAAACACAAAUUCUUGCCAGAUUAGAUGUAUCAGUACAAAAACAGUAUGUCAGCAAGCUGCCUAUGAUGAAAACAUCUGCAAUAACUUGGCUCCCAAUGUCCAGGAUUAUUACAUCAUCAAUAUGAGCAAACCAACCCCCAACUGUGUGAACUGUAACAAUCCAGUAAAAAAGCCUGAGAAGAAAAUAACUCUUAAUGAAACACUUGUCGAAGGUGGAAAAGAAGUUAGCGGUGCCACAGCUGCUAAAUUAAUGAACAGCAUGCAAAACUUGGUUGGCAACAUGACUGGAUCUUCAGCUGCAAUAUCUGCAGGAGACGGCGUCACGGGAGUCUUAGUGAGGGAAACACAAAAAGAAGAUGUGCAGGAAGUAUCCUUUGCUUAUAUGUCUCCAAAUGACAGCAUAAAUAUUAUAGAAAACAGAGAAAGUCUGAAGAGCUUUUCGAGAUCCGUUACAGUGCCAAAAGAAGCUUUUGAUAAGGCUGUAGCUUCAAACAUCACUGUCCCAUUCGCAGCUCUUUUUCGAUUCUCUAAUCUGGCAACGGAUGAGAAGAACAGCACUGUUUUAGGGGAUGAGAUUUUAGCCGUUGAGAUGGGAGCUGAAAUCGCCAACCUCACAGACAAAAUAAACAUAAAUUUUAAGAGCGUCACUUAUAAAGGGAUACCAUCUUGUCAUUCAUGGAAUGGUGAAGGAAGUCAACCAAACUGGACCAGUGAUGGCUGUGUGACAAACAAAACUGGAGAUGGCAUUGUUUGUCAAUGUUCACAUCUGACAUUUUUUGCUAUUUUAUUGGCUCCUCUUAACGAAACCAUCCCCUCUGAUGACUUUAAUCGCCUCACCAUCAUCACCCAAGUUAGCUGUGGAUUAUCCAUGUUCUUCCUCGCCGUAGUCCUCUUUAUGCACUUCCUUUCAAGGCGGACCAAGGCCAGUUAUACCACAAAGAUGCUCAUCAACCUAGUGUUUGCCUUGUUCAUGCUUAACUUCACUUUCUUGAUCAACAACCACGUGGCGAAGCUGAAGAAUGAUGUGGGCUGUAAGAUCAUGGCAGCUGUCAUGCAUUAUUUUUUGUUGGCCACUUUCACCUGGUUUGCCGCGCAGGCCUUCCAUCUCUGUCUGAACCUUUAUAAAAAAGGAAAAAUCGCAAUCCAUCGCUACCUGAUGAAAGUUGCCAUUACCAGCUGGGUACUGCCUUCAGUGAUUGGGAUUGUCCUGCUCAGCAUAGGAAAAUAUGGUGAACAAGUCGUCCACACCCAGAACAGUGGAAACCCUGAUGAUGAUGUGCUGAUGUGCUGGAUAACAGACAAUAGCGUCUACGUCAUCAACAUAGUCUACUAUGCUUUUGUCUUCAUCAUCACCUUCACCACCUUCAUCAUUAUGACGUCCUGGCUCUGUCGUCUCAGGAAUGUCAAAGGAGCUAAUGUACAAGGGGGGCAAAAUGGCAGAGUUAUCAUGAGCAUCAUGGGCCUGUGUUUCAUGCUGGGAAUUACGUGGGGUGUUGCCUUCUUUGCCCAUGGUUCCUUCCUGAUCCCUGCCUACUUCAUUUUCACCAUUCUCAAUUCGUUGCAAGGUUUUUUCCUGUUCAUCUUCUACUACAAAACCAGCCGCAUUACUCCUGCAGCUGAUCAGAACUCAACCAACAUCCACAGCAACACCACUGAAACCAGCAUAGAUGGUUUGAAGAACCCCUACAACUGGCUGGAUUCAAAAUAAAGAUGAACUGGGACCACAAAGAGACAUCAAGCCCUUAAGCAGAAAGUUCGCUGUAUAACAUUGUAAUAGUGCUAACACACAUUCACCUAUGUAUGAGUGCAUCUGAAAAUUGCUUAGCAAUUAAAGGGCUUAGUUCAGCUUAGGAGCAGAAUUAGUUUUGAAAUGUUUUUGCAGCAAUUAAAUAGAAUUUGACAGAUAUUUGAUGGAAAAGCUACAGAAUACAUUUAACCUUUAUCCUUAACUGUUUUAAAUACUUAAUAAUUUUUUCUUCUGUAAAACAUUGAUGUAAAAUAUCUUUAAAUACUAUAUGAUAAGCAGCCAUGACUAUACUAAUUGGCCAUGUGUGUGUGAAUAAGAUCAUGAGCCUCACACUUGAUAGCAGGUGAAUGCCUUGAAUGGCUGCUUCUUACUCAACUCCUACAGAAGCAGUAAGAAUGUAGUUUUUACAGGACUUUAAACGAGGUGACAAAUUACAUAGUGACAUAUGAAAGAAUGUAGAAGAUGUGGAAAUAGGAAUUCUUUAUUCAGUUUCACUCACGCUGGCAUUAAAACACAUAUUUGCAAAUAUAUAUACAAAGGGGGUUUUUUUUUUUUCAAUGA